AAACUAAUCGACCACAGAACAGCGAAAGAACUAUCCUCGACCAAUGCAACAUGCCCCAGGAUCUACGGCCAACCGAAAGCGCACAAACCGGACCUCCCGCUCCGCCCCGUCAUCCCCAACAUCACAGCCCCUACGUACAAGCUGGCCAAAUACAUCGCUGAUAUUCUACAAAACUCAUUCCAUAGCCAGUACAGCACGACCAGCUCGUUCGAAUUUUGUGGAGAUGUCAACCAAGUUGUACUUCCGGAGGGAUACAUUAUGAUCUCCCUCGACGUCACCUCACUAUUCACCAAUGUACCGCGACAUCUGGUCAUCAGGAGCAUCAUCAAUCGGUGGAACGAGGUCAAAACACAAAUCAAUCUUGACUUGUUCCUCGAGAUUGUGGAAUACUGUAUGGAAGCUAGCUACUUCUGCUUCGAAGGACGGUAUUUCAAGCAAACAUACGGGACGGCCAUGGGCAGCCCACUGUCGCCCAUUGUGGCAGACAUCGUGUUGGACUCGGUUAUCAAAACAGCUAUGAACUCUCUACCCUUUGAGAUAACCAUCUUUAGAAAAUACGUGGAUGAUAUCUUCAUGGCUAUCCCACGGGAAUGCGUACAACAGGUCCUGGAUGCCUUCAACAGGAUUGAACCGAGGCUACAGUUCACCACCGAAGAAGAAAAAGAGAACCGCCUCCCAUUCCUCGACAUGACGGUCAUUCGUAAUGCAGACCAAACAUUGACGACGGAAUGGUACGCAAAACCAAUAGCCUCAGGUAGAAUGUUGAACUACAAUUCAUUCCACCAGCCUAAGUACAAGAUCAAUGUAGCAAAUAACCUCAUCCACCGAGUAUGCUCGCUCACCCGCAACAAGCCGUUAGAUGAAAUAGCCAAAACGAUUCACCAACAUCUCCGCCAAAACAAUUAUCCGAAGUCGCUCAUCAAUAGACUGCUACACUUGUACAUGAGCAAGCAUCCAACACCCAACGAGAACCACCCACAACCCAACCGCCAACAGCAACAUCAGCCGAUUGAAACCAUCCCUCAUAUCCCUCCGCAACUACCGCCAACCUUGCCAACCAUCAGCGAGAUCAACAACCAACUUCUACAUACAACACCCGGCCGACCAUCCUGCCAGCCAUCUCCCGUACCACCCACAGCAGCAUCAAACACAAACAACCCUACCGAUUUCGUCCAAAGCCAACCAUCAUGUCAGCCACCCACCCUCCCAGUCAUCACAACACCAAAUGACCUGCAACAUCAGCAACCACUCUAUGAUCCCACGAGCGAUAGAAGCGACCAUCCCCAAAUACACGCAAUCACCGACGAUCACCGAACUGCCAACAGCAUCGAGCAUCAAAACACCGUAUGUCCAUCCAACGAUCCUGAAACAACAAGGAAUGAAAAAGUGUACAGGUCGAUUCCGUACAUACCUGCACUCUCGCAACGCAUAACCAAAAUCCUGACCAAAGACUACCCAAACAUCAACAUCACGACUAGACAACACCGGACCAUCAAUCAACUGCAUACCAAAGUUAAAUACCCUGUAAGAAAAACCGAAAUUAAUAAUGUAAUCUAUAAAAUUCCAUGUAACGACUGCGAGAGCUGUUACAUAGGAAUGACCAAAAACAACCUAGGCAAAAGACUCACUGGACACAAAAGCAAUGUGAACAAACUUGAUAAGUUGAUGAACGAUAGUCAGACAAACACUGAAGCAGCUAAAACUACACUAAUAGAGACAACGACAGCCCUAAUCCAACAUUGUAUUGAACACAACCACAGAUUCAACCUUGACCAAACACAAAUUAUUGACCAUAGUUAUAAACAGACAACACUACCAUUUCUCGAAAUGUGUCACAUCACAAACACAGACAAAACAGUGAAUAAGCGAACAGACGUAGAUAGACUUAGCACCACAUACGCAGCUGUGUUGCACAGCAUUAAAACUAUACAGGAACGCAACAAACCGAAUGUAGAACGACAAACCGACGAUGAAACGUAGAUUAUUAGGAUAGGGCACUUUUGCUACCAAUGACCGUUCAAUUAUAUGUGGGGGGUUGUUAGAAGUAGAUUUGCGCCAAACGCGUACAGUCCGUUGCAAAACUAGAUAAACCAAAUAAGUCAUGUACCAACAACAACUCGACAAGACAGUUACAGUUAGACGAAACAUAAGACCAAAAACGAAAAAUUAAUGUAAGUAAUCCAGACGAAUUGUGUAUCCGUAGAUUGUAUCAAAUUAGUACAUGUAUUAAAUUUUAGUACCCCUGAAGAUGACACAAAACCCCAGUGUCGAAACGUCGGGCAAAUAAUAAACCUCGUUUUCCCAAAUUACAAGACUGCGUAGCCGUUUAAAUCGUAGAUUAAAACCCUCAGUCGAUCCUCCAGAAGAUUUUUACAUUAUGUUAUCCGUUUGGAUAUGCUACCUUCGUCAGAUGAAGCGGGCUGCCUCGGUCCCACUGGGAUUCGGUUUGCGAUGGUCCGGAAAAUUUAAAAAUUUAUCUAAGAGUGGUAUGAUUUUUGGUAGGUUAGAUGCUUGAUAGUGUGAAAUAUGUAUCCAAAUUUUCCUAAAAGCAUUUAUUAGUGUGGAUAACAUCAUGAACAAUUCGACAUGUCCCCAGGAGAAUGUCCAAAAUUUGACGUGAAAAUAGGUUUUUGGGGGUAGGUACAAGUCAAGCCCUUAGACAAAAGAGGAGCUUUAGAGAUCGAAUUCCCCCCUCAUAGAAUACACAGUGUCUGUUUUUAAGUUCUCCCUGUUAGCUUUUUCCUCUGCACGGGCUUGUCGCCUUAUCGCAUUUGAACCAUCGACACUCAUGUAGAGCUUUUGUACUGUUACUGUGACAGCGAACAGCACUAAUGUUCAAAUAGCGUGUAGCAUGUUUUGUAGCAAGUUUGUAAUAUUGUUUGAAUUCAAUUACAAUUUGGUGAAAUUUUUUGCUAUUCCCAGAAAUUUUAUCGUGAGCAUUAUUUUUAACAGUAAAGCACCUUUUCCUCUGCAAACCUCUUAGCCUCUAUCUCUAACUCGCGGUCUUUAAUCAUCGAUUUCUCCUGCAUAAUCUGUCUAGCUAGAAUCUGCUUUUCCUCCUCUAACUCUAGUUCCUCUAAUGGAUCACUAAAAUAACUAAAACGGCUGCUAUGGAAUGAACAGAUAGCGCCACCAUUGCCUUGUGUGUUUGACGUAAUUCCACUGCUGUCGCAAUUUUUAUGUCUAUAUACGGUGGUGCCUCCGUUUACAUGUGGCCGGCGAACGUUAGUAUAGUUUGCUUCAAUGAUCUAUUGCUGCUGUUCGUUCAAAACUUACAGUUCAAAAGCGAGACGGACCUUUGCACUAGACGAUACACUUGCCGUUUUACUGGCAUUUGUUCUUUUCGAUUUUAGAGUACUUGCUUACCUGCCGGCCUGUUUACUCAUUUUCUUCGUCAAUCCGACGAGAACAAUCCUCCUGCGGCUGCUGAUAUAGUAGCCUUCGAAAUGAGUCCACAGGGUUGGCACAUCCAAGACUUCGGAUUAUCGAUUUCGCCACUUUGACUGUUGAAUCAGCUAAUUUAACUCCUCUCUGGAGCCACCAUCAGGAUUUGAAGAUCUCGUAGCUUGGCGAUCCAUAUCAUCAGUGGGUG